AAAUGAAAAUUAUUUGACAAACAACUUGUUUGGAGGAACAAAUAAUUCUCAAUUUUCUCAUUAUUUGUGUAUCUAAUCCAGUAAAUCUAUUUGACUAUUUCGCAAAGUACCAAGUUGCAAGAUGGAUAAAAGCAAAGAAAAAGAAGAACAGAGUAUCAUGGAUAAAUCCAUGAGAUCUGUGUUUGUUGGAAAUAUACCUUACGAAGCUACUGAAGAGAAACUAAAGGAUAUAUUCAGUGAAGUUGGUCCGGUAUUGUCAUUCAAGCUUGUUUUCGACAGAGAAACCGGCAAGCCCAAAGGUUAUGGAUUUUGUGAAUAUAAAGACCAAGAAACAGCCCUCAGUGCUAUGAGAAACUUAAAUGGUUACGAAAUUGGAGGACGAUCUCUCAGAGUGGACAAUGCUUGUACUGAGAAGUCAAGAAUGGAAAUGCAGGCUCUGAUGCAGGGGCCCCAGAUUGAAAACCCUUACGGAGAGCCAGUGGAUCCGGAGAAAGCUCCAGAGGCCAUCAGCAAGGCGGUGGCCACCUUGCCGCCAGAGCAGAUGUUUGAACUGAUGAAGCAGAUGAAAUUGUGCAUCCAGAAUAAUCCUACGGAGGCUCGGAACAUGUUGCUUCAGAACCCUCAACUGGCAUAUGCACUGCUGCAAGCACAAGUUGUCAUGAGGAUUGUUGACCCAGUCACUGCAGUUAGCAUGCUGCACCCAAGCAAUCCUGUUCCACCAGUGCUGCACCCUGGUGAUAAGCCACCUCCCCAAGUUAAUCCAUACAUUCCAUCCAAUUCCCAGGGACAACCACCUUUGCUAUCAAACCCAGUUCCACCACAAAAUCAAUUUGGUCGUCCAAUGGGAGACGUGGACCUGCGCGGGGCGCGCGCCGCCAUGCUGGACCAGGACAUGCGCAGCCUGCCGCCCGUGCCCAUGCCCGUGCCGCCUGUCAUGCAGAAUGACAAUCCGGCUAUCACUACGGACGUGGUGAUUCCUGAAAGUUAUCCCCGCGACCCGCGUCUGGCCGGGCAGUUCAACUCGGACCCGCGCGUGCGGCCCAGCGACCCGCGCGACCCGCGCUCGCAGAACAAACAGCCGCAGCAACAACAAAUGCCGCCAGGUAUGCCGAGCAUGGCCCAGGCUAGGACCAUCCAGGGAAUACCCUCGGGAGCUUCUGAUCAAGAAAAGGCGGCGCUGAUCAUGCAGGUGCUGCAGCUGUCGGACGAGCAGAUCGCGCUGCUGCCGCCGGAGCAGCGCGCCAGCAUCCUCAUGCUCAAGGAACAGAUCGCCAAGAGCACGCAGCAACGCUGAACUGUACCACCCACCACAUGAGGGUUGUUUUUAACAGCAUGCGGAUUUCAUCACGCACGCGGGACGGCAUGCCAUUUUCCCGCAUCUCGCGUGCAAACCCAAGCGUUAUAAUGAAUACUUGUAUGAACGCGUGCGGGGCAAUCCCGCGUGCGUGAUCAAAUCCGCAUGUUUUUAAAAACAGACAUAAAUAAGGGUUGUUUUCCUGCGCUCAUGUUGCGUCCGUUUUAUGUAUUUGGACGAAUUAAACUCAAUUUUGAGACAUGCAGCUGUGAGAAUAACUCAGUGUGCGAUUCAGCAUUAUUAAAAUAGGUUAAUAAAAUAUAAGUUUUAAGAAAAA